AUCAAGACAUGGUCGAUAUCCGAGAUCAGGAUAUGGAAGACGGUUCUCCUGCACGACCACUGGGGCCUCGUAAUUUACCUCGUGCAUCUCACGCUUGUCAACGAUGUCGUGAAAAGAAGGGAAGAUGCAAUCAGCUGCAGCCUUGUGCAUCAUGCAUCCGCGUUGAUGCAAUAUGUGUUUAUGGAGAGAGGAGGAAGAAAAGAAGAAGAGUGGGCGACCAGACGGAAGAAAGUUUCGAGCAAGAUGAUACUCGAUUAGAAGCCACUCCCCCUCGACCCUGGCCAUCAACUGAUGCAAGGUCAAAUUCUGUUCAAGCUGCUAUUGAGGAUGCACCUAGCAGUAACUCUAGGAUGGAGACCAGUCCUGAGAUGAACAUCAACUCUGCUACCUUGACCUCGAAUGAUCGUGACGUGUUAGGCGACGUGAACCAGCGAACUCAAGGAACCGAGUUCUACGGGACAUCAUCCAAUUACGUGCUGCUUAACCAAUUAUUUUCUCAUGUUCGUCAACACAGCCUGGCCACACAUACUCCGAGUUCUAGUCGACCAGUAACGAGUCCUAAUCAAAGUGGACGUUCCCCUGCCGGAAGAAUGUCUCUUAUCAAUUUGCUUGCACAUGAAGAUGAUCUGGUACCGCCAUCAAGAGAAAAGUCACCGCUUCAGACGAUUCUCUCCGCGAGCCGGUCAUCUGCUCCCCAUACAUUACCGAGCGAUCGUCAGACAAGCAACCGUCCUUCAAGCGGUGUCUCUCCUGCUUCAACCCUGCAUAUCGCUGAAAGGCGUCUCGAGAAAGCGCUCAUUCGCAGCUAUAUGCACAAUUUGCACUAUCUGCACCCCAUGAUUGAAUCUGGCACAUUCAUCAGCCGAUACGAGGAACAUUUCGCACAAUCCAACAACACGCAAGAAAGAUCACCUCAAUUUCGACACUUUUUUGCUUUGUACAAUAUUGUUGUUGCUGUUGGAGCACUUGUGGCUGGUUCAGAGCUGAAUGACGAGCUUGAACACGAGAUCAAGACAGUGCUACAUAGCAAGAAAGGUUCUCAAGAGCCCGUGAAGGCUCCACUACAAGGAUUGUCCAGGCACUAUUUCCGAAAAUCGCGAAGUUUACUUGGUGACGUUUUUGAAGCUUGCUCUUUAGAGAGCGCGCAGACACUCUUCUUAAUGAAUUCACUUAAGCCCCACGCGUGUUAUAUGUAUUGCGGCAUGGCUGUCCGAACCGCGCUUGCUAUCGGCUUACCAUCUGAAUCAAUGUCGAACUCGUCAGAAGCUUGCAAAGCCGCACGAAGAACCUGGUGNNAGACAUGUGCUGCUCCGCCGGGCGCUUUGACAGCCUUGGGAAACCACGCAAGUAUCCUAUUCCAUUACCGCAAAUCAAGCCCUGGUUCGGACUCCGAUGUUGCCUACUUUGAGGGAGCUAAUGUCUCCAUGAUCAACGUCAUGGUCGAUUUCGCUGUAGUAUUGCGACGAAUUUCUAAAGACAUAUAUCAUUGUCAAAAGGAGGUGACCACCUCUCAGAAGUCAGCUUCGGCUUUCUUCAUAGACUCGCUUCUCGACCAGUGGAAGCUCAAUCUCGCAUCAUGGCACAAUUUCGACGUUGUCGAUUUUCGAGAACCGGAAUGGGCCGCAAAACAGAAGCUGGUCCUCCACUUGCGUUAUCUAAACGCUCGUGUUAUUCUGCAUCGUCCGUUCUUAUCGGAUCACACGACCUGUGACUUGCUGGAGAGGCAGAAGCAUAUUGAUCUAUGUCUAGCCGCCGCGAGGAAGACUAUCCAAGUCCUAUAUGAUGCCUAUGCGAACAAACACUACUUCCGUACCUGGUGGUACAAUUCGACUUACACUCUUUACGCCGGAAUGAUCGUGCUGUAUGUCAUCAUGCUUGGACACAGCACAGUGACCGAUGAUCUCCUUCUCGAGGAUGUCAANAAGAGUCGAGAUAUUCUAAGAUCCAUGGAAGAAGCAAGCGUGGCUCGUCGCAGCGCAGACUUGUUGACCGAAGUGUUGGAAGUCGCUACUGCUUAUACACAACAGAAGAAGGACACGCGUACCAACAUCUCUGCGAUGAAUCCUGCGAGCGAUGCCUGUGUUGACCAUACACGUCAGGGACCUUCUGGUUUUCCGAACGAGAUCAGUAACACCAGCUUUGGUCAGGAUCCGGAAGCAUUUAUGGCAUCUUUGAUCGACCCCAAUAUCCUUCAAGAUUUCACCACAGACUCAAACGACUGGGCAUGCUUUGGCUUCUCAUCCACACUAGAGGGCUUGCAGGGGGUAACCAAUGAUCAGAACAACGUCUUCUCCGUGGACAGCACUGAGUGGGACAACAUUACGACA